CCUUCAUAACAAAAUAAACCCACCGUCCUGGUUGCCCAUCCCAAUCAAGAUAGGUUUACUUAAACAUUAAAGUACGAGUUAUAGUUAUUUCUGCACUGUUUUCCGAUAAACAACAUCCAUCAACAUGCAAGCUGUUCGAAAUAAAAUGGCCACCCUCAAGGCCAAACUUGAGGAGGCUGAAAAAGCUGCAUUUGAUGCAGAAGAAGAACUAAAAGCUACUAAUGAAAAAGCAGACCAAGCAGAAGAACGCGUAACGGAACUUACGAAGGAGCUAAAUGAUCUUGAAGAUCAACUAGACGCAAGCGAGUCAAAAAUGACAAGCCUUCAAGAAAAACUUGCAGAAGCAGAAAAACUCCAUGAAGAACACGAUCAAGCACGAAGAAUACUUGAAAAUAGAGGAAGAAGCGACGGUGGACGUAUUAGCCGACUACAAGAUGAAUUAGACGAGCUAACAAACCUUAACAACAAAGUUGUUGAAACUUUUAAUGAACUUACUCAGAUUUUAGCCGAAGCAGAUGAGAAGCUUGACCAAGAAGAAGAAAGACGCGAUAUUGCAGAUGCUAAAGUUAAACUACUCGAAGUUGAAGUAACACAAGUCGGCAAUACACUUAGAAGUAUGGAAAUCAACGAAGGUCAAGCUUCCGUUAGAACAGAAUGCGGAGAUACAAAAAUUUCAGAAAUGGAGGCGAAAUAUCAAGAAAUGGAAGCAAGAGCUGCAGAAUUUGAAGAAAAGGCUAAGCGGCUUGAACGACGUCAAGAAGAGCUGGACGAAGAACUACAGCUGGAAAAAGACAAAUUUAACCAAACCAAAACAGAAUUCGACGCAUUAUGCGCACAUAUCAACGAAAUGUAGAUGGGGUGCGGUUUUAUCUAAUUUUUUUAUCGCUUUUCUAUUAUUAACAUUUAGUUUUCAUUGAAUUUGUACAUAAUUUUUUUUUAAUAACUGUGUAUUAUUUUAUUUAGUAAAAUAAUAAAAAAGUUACAAUAAAAAAAAAAAAAAAAAUUUUUUAAAGUUAGACUUUUUAUACGAAAUACAUAACAUUUCAAUUUUCUUUGGUUACAACAAUAAACGUUUUGUCUAAUAAACAAACGAAGCGUGUUUGGUAGACUCUGAUUUAAAAACAAUUGAUUAUUUAUUACUUUUUGUGAUAUCAAUUAUUUACGUCGCGAAUCAUAGAUUUGAGUCUGAACGAUAACGUAACUUCAUUAACAAUAGAAUACAUUUUUAUUGGAGAUUAA